UCAAAGUAAAUUUUAUUAUCGUUUCUCUUAUUUUUGCUUUUGGCAUUAACCUUGUUAUUGCCCACAGAAAAAGUAACAACUCUCACGUAUCAGCCGAUAUCCACCGGAAAAAAGCAUCGAGACAUAAACACAAUUCAAUAAUCACUACUAUAAAGACCAUCCAUGGUGACAUUUAUGAUUGCGUGGACAUAUAUAAACAACCGGGCAUGCGCCAUCCGGCAAUGGCAAGUGAAAGAAUUCGGAUGGUAAUCUCGCAGGAACUAGAGAGGCGUAAGGAAAUGCAGCUUGCAUCCAAGGAGGAGGAGACAGAUCAGGAACGACGGCGGACAUCAGCAGCAAAAUCACUUUGGUUGAAUAAAAAGGGGUGCCCGCUCGGAAGCGUUCCUAUUCGUCGAAUGUCCAAACACAGGAAAUUAGAGCCAAAGGUUCAACCUCAUUUUAUAAACAUGGACGAUCGUGUGUACGCAAGUACCACGGACAGCCACCUUGAUUUUGCAGGACUUAUUGUUAGAAAUGCUCCAUCCGGGAGAUUCAGCGGUGGUAAAGCCACAAUGACUAUAUGGAAUCCACAACUCAAGGGAGACCACCAAUACAGUUCAGUGUCUAUGUACGUGGAAGACGGAGACAAUCAAAUACGAGUUGGUUGGAUAGUGUAUCCGGCAUUAUACGGUGAUUCGCGUACAAGAUUAUUUAGCAGAUGGACCAGUGACGGCUAUGCAAAAACUGGAUGUUAUAUCAAUCAUUGUCCCGGAUUUGUAAUAUUCUCAAACAUCAUUCCUCUUGAUUAUCCGUAUCCCAAUAUGUCAGAGUUUGAAGGAACUCAAUACGAUACUACUCUAAUCGUUUUCAAGGGUUCAGCAGGUGAUUGGGUGCUAAAUUUCAACGAAGAAGAAAACCUUGGUAUGUGGACAAAAUCCAUAUUUUCAACCAUGAGUGAGAGCGCAGCUCAAUUGCGAUUUGGAGGUGAAUGUUUCAAACCACAAGGCCAGGAAUAUAGUCCUCAAAUGGGAAGCGGCAGAUUUAAAAAUGGACAGUAUGACAAAACCUGUUACAUGCGCCGAUUGUUUUAUUUUGAUCCUGUGUACGGAAAUAAUGUUAUUGACGAUUCGAUGGUUCAACCUCAAGACUCCAGAUGUUACUAUGAAGGCAAUUAUGGAUACAAUUACAAAGAUAACUUUUAUGCUUACAAUUUUUUCUUAGGAGGGGGUGGAGGAAGAGAU